AUGAUAACACUGUUAGCCUGGCUUCUAGUUGUUGCCAACCUUGGAGCGAUCGGCUGUGGGGUUGGAGGAGGACUGGUCGCGACAUUUUUCGGAAUGUUUCCAGAGGAACAUCAGCAUACCAAACUUAACCUUGGAGAAGCUGCUCUGAUUGGUACUUUUGCUACCUGGUUUGCAUUACCCCUUUGUCUAUCUUGCUGCGAUUUUAAAGAAGCGAAGGCAAAUUGUCUAAUCAAAUGCUCCCUCGGUGCGCUUUUGGCAAAUGUAUUUUUGAACGGGUUGUAUCUUGGAUCGACUCCCUUUCGUGAACGACUCCUUCCAGUUGACACCACUCACGUGACAUUGAUGAUGGUAGCGAUGGUAUUAUCUGGGCUUUCAGUUUUCAUCGCCAUCUUCCUUCUUAUACGAAUCACUCAGCGAAUGCGAUUUCAAGUUUUUGCCGAUCACCGAUAA